AUGGAAGACUGGGAUGACAGCAAUUAUUAGUUAAAUGAUGUUAAGUUUGAAGGAGGAUAAUCUACAGGCUUGAUAUAUACAGACUAAAAGACAAAGUAGGUUUAUUUUAAGAAGAUAUUUGAUGAAGAAAUAGAUUAUGUGAGAGAGAAAGCAUUUUAUAAAGAAAUUCUAAUAAAAAUUGAUCCAAAAGAUAGAAGCUCUUUCUUAGAGCUACUUCACUUUAAUGAUAAUAAUAAGGAACUUAUAUUUCCCUUUAUAAAUUCAAAAUUAGUAGAUAAGUGUACCAAAUAAAAAGGAAUAAAAUCGAGAUAUUUAGCUUUGAAACUAUUUCACUUAGUUGUUGAGAAGAUUAAAAUUUUACAUUCAAAAAAUAUUUGCCACUGUGAUAUUAAAGUACAUAACAUCUUAUUAGUAAAUGUUUAAGAUAAAGAAAAUUACAAGGUUAUUAUAAUUGAUUUUGGUCAAUACUAAGAACUAAAUCGUAAAUCUACUAUGAAUUGUGGAACUACUGAAUUUAAUCCACCAAAAUUAAUUGAAGAUGCGGAUCGAUUAAAAAAAUUUGGAAAGUAAAUUGAAGAGUAUAGCCCAUAAGAGCUUGAUGUAUACUAAUUGGGAAUGCUACUUUUUCGUAUGUUGACCUAGCUAUAUUUAAGUAUAAGUCUUAAGAAAGUUGCAUAAAAUAAGAUGAAAAAAGACUUUUUCAAGGAAUAAAUUAAGAAAUUAUAUAAAUCAGAAUACAAAACUGAAUUAAUUUUAGAUGAUGAUAUAUUCGAUUUAGUAUUUUAAAUACUGAGCCGAGAAAUCACAGAGAUAAAUUAAAUAUAAUAGCAUUAAAUUUAUCAAUAAUAUCUCUAGGGUAAAAUAAAACCAGAUGAAGAAGAUCUUCAAUUUGAAGAUAUGGUAAAAUUCAAAGAAGAUUAAAAUAGUAGUAGAAGUAAAGGUGAAUCUAUUUAAAAUGAAAUAAAGUAAGCUCAUAAAAAAUAUUGUGAUCUAAUGAGAGAAAGUGAAAACUUUGAUUAAUUUAAUGAGUGGUAAGGAGCAUUUUUCAAAUUAUAGCCACGCAAAAUUGAUAGAAAAAAGCUUUAUGGUGGUUCUCUUUUAACUGAAAUGAGUACUGAAGAUCUUUUAAAUGUUCUACUAAGCAUUUUAGCAGAAAAUAAUAACCAAAUUUUUAGCUAAAAUAUUUUUAGAAAAGGAAAAGACAGUUUAACUUUAGAAGUAGAAUUAAAUUAUUAAACAGUAGAAAUUGAUAGAAAAUACUAUUCUGAGUAGCUUUAAGAAGAUGAAGAAGAUUUAGAUGAGCUAAUUGAAUCAAAUAGAAUUGAAAAAAUUAAAAUGUAAAUAGAAGUAGUAAGUGUUAUUGAAUAGGGUAAACCAGAAAUGAGAUCAUUAAUAUUCUAAAGCAGAGAUGGUGAAAAAAUAUACUAUGAUAACUUAAUCUAAGAAAUUUAGGAAAAAAUAUACAAAUUUUGA